AUGUCCACAUUUCUCAAGAAAGUCCAGAAAGACACGAAAAACAAGUCCAUUCCAUCUAAAAAUGGACAGCCCUCUACAAGUACAAGCACAGGAACCGCACCAAAGUCAAUUCUCAGGGAUCCUAAGGAUCCACCCGAGACAAGAAAUGUAUUGACUAGUUUGCCCAGGAGAACGCCUAAUAAUUCGCUUAUAGAUGAUAUAAGUAAUCCAUGGGGGAAAAAUAUGACGGAUCUCACAGAGAAGCGAGUUAAGCAUGAGGAAGCGCAUAAAGCAAGAAGAGCAGCAGAUGCGAUACCGACAAAUAAACUGAGUCAACUUGAUGAGGUAAAGAAGUUACCAAAGAAAUCAAAAAAGUCAAGUCAUAAGGAACAUAGAAGAAUAGCUUCAUGA